AGCUGAAGUCUGUAUCUGACAGACACACAUCUGUGUGUGUGUGUGUACUCUCAUUGGACCGGCGCUGAGGAAGUGGGUGUGUCCACACAAGCUAAUCUGACCCCUUCAGCGCAGCAGUGCUGGUAUUGUGAGGUACUUUCCCAUCCUGUACGUUAAAUCCUCUACAUUCUAUUCAAUCAUUCCUGUGCCUCUACUCCAGAAGCUACAGGUAAGCGUGAGAGAAAGGCACAGAGAGACACACACACACACACACACACACACACACAGGGAGAGGAGAGACUGACUGAAGCAAUGUGCUGGACUUGGACUUGAGUUUCCAUCAACACUUCUGAAGCGGACAGCUGGGAAAAUAAGAACCUGCCUUGGAGGUUGCCAACUCUGACUAGAGAGAAGUAAGUCCAUGACCCUGAACUACUACAGCGAUGGACAAGAAAAGUGCAAAUGGCUACCCUAGAUCCGAAGGAGAGAGUGGAGGUGGGGGUCAGAGGAAGCAGCUGCCCUACUCCGUAGAGACCCCCUACGGCUUCCACCUGGACCUUGAUUUCCUCAAGUAUGUGGACGAUAUCGAGAAAGGCAACACCAUCAAGAGGGUGCACAUCCAGCGCAAGGCCAGAGGCCCUCCUAAGUUCAGCACCCUGCCCAGGAACUUCAGCCUGCUUGGGCAUGGAGCCAGGCCGGCCCCUAAGGACACCUGGUCCUCCACCUCCACCCUAGGGCCCAAGCCCCGGGGCAGAAUUACUGAUGUCCAGCAGAUCUUGGAUUUUAGACCCAGUGAUGGAGGUAGUGGCGCAUCGGGGGGUCAUAGCCAGAACAGCAGGGUGCAGGGGAGUAGCUUUGCCUCUGCCAGGCCCAGGGAGGAGGCAGGUGCUGGGCCUUGGAUGUUAGGCGAACAGCCCCUGGGGAGGCCCAACCUCCUUCGGACGUCCAGCAUGCCAGUCACCAUCCCGCACAGGAAGGCCUCUGAGUCUGGGGACGAAAGAACGGAGAACGGCUCAUCUGAGAACGUGGUCCGCGCUGUUCCCCAGGACCGGUCGGGGCUGCACCAGCAGAUCACCGCAGCCCUGAAGAGGGUCAGAGAGCUGGAGGACAUGGUGAGGACCAUCCCAGAGCUCAAGUCCCAGAUCUGCUCACUGAGGGUGGAGAGAGAGCAGCUAAUCCUCAGGCUGCAGGUCCAAACCAAGCCCCAGCCUCCAGCCCACCCACAAAGUGCCUCGCCCUCCCCAGCCCUAAGCACUGAUCCUGGGCCAGCCUCUCAGCCGCCGGGGGCUGAAGCAACAGUGGAUCCCGGGAGAGCAGAGAGCACCGUGUCAGAGACAGAAAUGCAACAGGAAUCCUUAAAGAGUACCGCACAAGAAGAAGAACCAGAUAGGCUUUUAGCAGCACAGGAACCAGAGAGACAAGCACAGACAGCAGAGGGACCAGAUAGACAAACAGCAUUUCUGAAUCCAUUAGUGCACACAGAGGAAAGGCAAACAGAGCAACCAGAGAACAUUGCAACACCGAAAGCACCAGAACCUUUAGACAACAGAGUGUUUGUGCAAGUCGUAGAGGGAGUCAGUGUCAGUGGUGAGGAGGACCUGCUCAGUGUCGAACAGCUCCAGGCUAAGCUAGUAGCGCUAGAGGCUAAGCUAAGUCAGGCUAGCGAAGACCUGGAGAGAACGAACAGUCUCCUGAAACAACAGGUAGAGGAGAACAGGAUGAAGGAGGAGAGGAUACUACAGCUGAGCGUGGGAGGGACAGGAGGAGUGGAGGAGGUGUCCAGAGAGAGACAGACAAGUAGGAGGACCAGUGUGGACCAGCAGACCGAGACAGAGAGAGUGGGAAGUGCGAGUCAGGAGACAGAGACGGAGAGGGCGGAUACGGUGGAGCAGGGCACAGAUACAGAAAGGAUAGUCAUCUGUUUAAUCGGAAAGGGGGCUGGUGGUGUGGAACACGGGACGGAGACGGAGCGGUUUGACACUCAAGACCAGGUGACAGAGACAGAGAUGGUCGUUAUAUGUCCAGUCAGACCGCGGGCUAAAAGUGUGGAUCGGCGAACAGAGACGGAGAGAGUGGAUACAAUGGACCAGGUGACAGAGACACCGCCUGGAAACAGCUUAGACCAGGUGACAGAGACAGAGACGCAGACAGUAGUCAGUGUGGAUCAGACAACAGAGACAGCCCCUGUGCGUCCAGUGAGACCAGCGAGACAUAGGGCUAACAGUGUGGACCGGGGAACAGAGACACAGACACUGGAUCCUGUGAACCAGGUGACAGUGACAGAGACACAGACAGGAGUCCGUGUAGACCAGGUGACAGAGACACAAACACAGACAGCACCUGUACGUCCAGUGAGACAUAGGGCUAACAGUGUGGACAGGGGGACAGAGACAGAAAGAGUGGGUACAGUUGACCAGGUGACAGAGACAGUCGUAGCACAGAGUGCAUAUCAGCAGACAGAGACAGAGGGAGACAGAGUCGAGACCAGCAAUAACCCGCAUAGGGAAAUAGAGAUUGAGAGUGCGGCCAUAGUAAGUGCGGCCAUAGAAAGUGCGGUCUCAGAAAUUGUGGAAGCAGACCGUGUGGUCUCACGCAGUGUGGUUGAAGAUGGUGAGAUGGCUGAGAGUGCGGUACGUUUUGUGGUUAUAGAAAGUGUGGGCAAAGAGAAUGGGGUCACAGAGAAUGUAGUCCCAGGAAGUAUGGUAAAGAGGCAAGUAGUGGUAGUAGAGGAGACUGUCGUUGAACAAAUUACAUUGACUGAAAGUGUUGUUACACAGAGUACAACCACAGAGAGUACAGUCAUAGAGGAUUUGGCAACCGAGAGUGAGGUUGUAAAGACCACAGUUACAGAGAGUACGGUCACAGAAAGUGCGGUCAUAGAAUCUCCAGCCCCAGAGAGCCCAGAAGUAGCACCCAGUCCCUCUUCCAGCCAGACCCAGAUGGGUCAGAAGGAGUCGGAGCAGACCCAGCCCCAGUCACAGGACUCUCGUCGGGGGUCCAACCCAGUGUUGGCCCAGGCCCCUCGCCAGGGGUCUAACCCAGCCCUCGGCCAGGUGGUGACGCGCCUCACAGGGCUGAUCAAUGAGCAGUGGGCCCAGCUAGGUAGCAGCCAGGACAAGCCAGACAAGCAGGAGACCACCAGCCCGAGUGCCCAGAAGCCUGCAGAAGGGCAGGGCAUGCCCGCUGCAGGGAAGCCUUUAGCGGGGAAGGCAACGGGGAAGUCAGGUCUGUCUAAGAUGAGCUCCAUCCAGAGCCAGCUGGUCAGCUCCCUCAGUGCCCUGUCUGCCUUCUACUCCCCUGGACAGAAGGCAGCUGCCAGCAAACAACAAGGUCUGAAAUCCAUCAUGAAGAAGAACGAUGCUGCUGACAAGCAGGGGAACAGAGGAGGAGCCAAGAAGAACCUAAAGUUUGUGGGAGUCAACGGAGGGUAUGAGACUACCUCGAGUGAGGAGGAAUCCAGUGAGGAGGAGGAGAAGGGGGAGGUAGAGGAGGAGGAGGUGGACAGCUCUGAGCUUGAGGAGGAGCAGGAGAAGCAGGAGGGAGCUGGAGCAGCUCAGGGCCCGGGGGAGGCCACAGCUACAGAGGAGGAGGCCCAGGGAGCAGGGGCCCAGGCUGGGGAGACAGAGGGCCAUGAAGACUCUCAGGACCCAGAGAAGAGCCAGGCACUCCUGGAGGAGCAGCCAGCUGCAGCAUCAGGGGAGACGAUCGAUAAGGGCUUCAUGGAAGCGUGUCACUACAUUAAGGAUCGUAUGGCAGAGGUGGAGGCCCCCGAUGUAGAAAUGAGACAUGUCCUGAUGGUGUUGUACCAGGAGUGGUUCCGUGUGUCCAGUCAGAAGAACUCUCUGGCUGACACCGUCACCCUCUACCUGAGAGAGGUGGGCAUCGCCACGCCGACCCUCCUGCGUUACAUCGUGAACCUGGCCGACGGUAACGGCAACACAGCGCUCCACUACAGCGUGUCCCACUCCAACUUCCCUGUGGUCAAACUGCUGCUGGACACAGGUCUGUGUGAGGUGGACAUCGUGAACAAGGCGGGCUACACAGCCGUGAUGCUGGCCUCCCUGACAGCUGCUGAUGGAUCAGAGGACAUGGAGGUGGCUCUGCAGCUACUGAGACAGGGAGAUGUCAAUGCCCGCGCCAGCCAGGCAGGGCAGACGGCUCUGAUGCUAUCGGUCAGCCAUGGUCGUACAGCCAUGGUGCGGUUGCUGCUGAGCUGCCAAGCUGACCUCAACAUUCAGGACAAAGACGGUUCGACCGCACUCAUGUGCGCGUGUGAGCACGGUCACACCGAGAUCGUUCGGGUGCUACUGGAGUCUGGCCACUGUGACACCAGCCUCACAGACAAGGAUGGUCAGAGGGCUCUGUCGGUGGCGGUAGCGUCCUCCCACGCUGAGAUAGUCGACCUACUCAAGACCCACUCAGAUUCCACCACCACCCAGGCCUCCAACCCCUCAACCACCACCUCUGCCACCAUCAUCACCACCACCACAGCCUCUCUCCUCUGAGCCCCCUCCUGUAGCCCCUCUCUAACCCAGCCCCGGACCCACCCACCCUGGACCCACUAUACCCCGGACCUCUUUCCCUGGACCAGAGGAGGCUGGUGGGUGGAGGUAUAAGAGGACGGGCUCAUUGUAAUGGCUGGAGUGGAAUAAAUGGAACGGUGUCAAACGGAUCAAACAUACGGAAACCACAUGUUUGACUCCAUUCCAUUAAUUCAAAUGCAGCCAUUACAAUGAGCCCGUCCUCCUAUAGCUCCUCCCACCAGCCUCCACUGUCAUGGACCAUACCCUUUUCCAGACUGUCUGGAGGACAGACAAAGGCUGUAUUCACCACCACUGCCUAUGUCUCCCCACCGACCAGAGCUCAGCUCACAGAUAGGCCUAUUGGACUGGAGCCCCACGGAACCAGAAUCGCACACAUUCUUCACAUUUCUGCCAACAUUUAUUGAGUGGGAACAAUGUAUCAACUGUUUGGCAGCCAGCCAAUGUGACACUCAAAACCCCAGUAGCAGUGGUGAUUGACAGGUGAUCCAGGAAGAGGGCAGAAGGACACCAGAAGGAUGAUGGAUUGCUGCUUUCUAAUAUAAAACAAGCUAUUCAGGCCAAAAUAAUCUUAAACACAUGAUCUACCUUAAAAAUCGGUCAUUUUAUUAUCAAUACUAUGUUUUUUCUUUUUCCUUUUUAUACCUGUAGCUAGGUUUCCAUCCAAUUGGCAACAGAUUUUCAUGCGAAUAUUUUAAAAUCCGCAUAACGAAAAUAUGCAAAUUUUCCACCCGAUGGUGUGUUUUAAGCAAACUGACUUGUGGCAGGAAAAUUAAAUCUGUGCGUGAUGUAUUGCACACAACAUUUAAAUUUUCGCUUAAAUUCAAGUUCAACGUUUUUUGUUGUUGUGUGUUUAAAAAAGAUAUAUGUUUAACCUUUAUUUAACUAGGCAAGUCAGUUAAGAACAAAUUCUUAUUUACAAUGACAGCCUACCCCAGCCAAACCUGGACAACACUGGGCCAAUUGUGCGCCACCCAAUCACAGCUGGAUGUGAUACAGCCUGGAUUCGAACCAGGGACUGUAGUAACUCCUCUUGCACUGAGAUGCAGUGCCUUAGACCGCUGCGCAACUUGAGAGCCAAAAGUUCAAUCAACCAAUUAAUCAAUCAAAUGUAUUUAUAAAUACCUUUUUCCAUCAGCAGAUGUCACAGUGUUAUACAGAAACCCAGCCUAAAACCCCAAACAGGAAGCAAUGCAGAUGUAUAAGGGAAAAACUCCCUAGAAAGGCCGGAACCUAGAAGAAAAUAUAGAGUACCAGUCCCUGAAGGCUGGCCAGUCCUCUUCUGGCUGUGCCAGUUGGAGAUUAUAAGAGUACAUGGCCGUUAAAGCCAGAUAGUUCUUCAAUAUGUUCAAACGUUCAUUGACCUAAGUCAAUGCGUUUCCAUCGCAUUUUACACUAGUUUUGACACAAAAACUGUUGCCUUAAAUAUCAAAUAUACCUACUCUGGUCAGCCAACCGCUCGCAGAUACACUGCGGGUAGGCUAAUCUACACAGUGAGAUUAUUAUGGAUAAGAAUAUUUGCAUUUGUCAAAUGGCAGUCAAGCAUCGAUCAUCAUGACACCAGAAUAAGACCCUCGAUAUUUAUUCGAACAGAACAUAAAGUUCACAACGUGCACUUUCAACACCCUGUGAAGUUCAUCAUAAUUGACUUAAUAUGUAGCCUAAUAAACCGCAUGGCUUCCCGAGUUACUUAUUUGCGCAUAAAGGUGUUUCCAGCGGCAUUUCACGCAAAAUACAUUUUACCGACACAAAAAUAUCCCACCAUGUCUAACGAAAAAAUUCUCUGGCGGCAUUUAUAAAAUUGUUACGAAAUUUUCUGUUUGCAUCACAGCUGUUUUUUAAUAUAUAUUUUUUUUUAUAUACGGUCUGACUUUACUCACAUGAAAACUGGAUGGAAACGUGUUCAUUAAUGACAUCACUAUUAUUUUAUAUUUGGACAUGAGCCAUUUAUUUAACUAAAUACAGUCUGAAUGUUAUUAUGGCGUUUUAUCAAAUACAGACAGUAUAUUUAUUUUGAAAUGCAAAUUUGUUUCACUCUGUUUGAUUGACACACGCUGUACAUAUCCAAGCUUGGUUUUCGUCAGUACGGCCUGACGACUGACUCACUCAGACGUCUUCCAAUAUGAAGGUUGUUCAGAAGGACGCAACACGCAGCAAUAUAACAACCCUCGCAGAAGCUACACAAGCUACAGCUGCAGUAUGUUGCAGCAACUGUAUACUCUACUGAACAAUUGACUUUCCCGCUCUCUCUCUCUUUGUCACUCACACACCUCACGCGCACACACACUCUCUCGCUCGCUCCACUGUAAUACAUCCCUUCCUCUGUCUGCCUGCUUCUAGACGACAAAUUAAAUGAUGUAUGCACCCAAAUUGCUACAAAAUGCACAACGAAUGUCAGGCUAUUUUACAUUCCAGAUACAGAGUCAUUCAUAUCUCUACAGGACUAUGGUGCAACAUCACACCACUGAGCACGGGAAGCCUUGCAGUAGACUACUAUCCAUCACUGGCCAUAAUGUAAUAGGGGUUGUAACAUUUUCUGUAACGUUUCAGUCAGUAAUGUUACCACCCCCUGUCCCGUACGGACACACACAGGCUGCUUUCACUGCUAGAAAAGUAGAACGGUUGUUUUUAGGGGACUGCUCUUCUCUCUUCCACACCCACCUCUUCUCUGUAUUGAACGAUGGCUGGUGUGAAGUAAUGGCAUGAUGAGAAUAUCCUAGCUUGCCUAUCAGAAAAUGAAGAGGUAUGUGGCGCAAUGUGGUUUUUCAUACCCGGUCCUUUAAGAACCCAGUCCUAAAGGAAAGGGGCUGUACUCACAAGGUGGGGUGGUGCUGUCUCUCUCACCUGUUCAUCAGAAACCUCAGUUUAGGAGCUGAAUACUGACCUCUACUGGUUAAAGAAGUAUAUAGCUAACUACCUGAAGAUACAGUAUUGUGAAAAAUAUAUCUGGUAUUGUCUGACAUUUGCUCUUAAAUAUAUUUAGUAUUUAUUCAAAAUGCUAUAUUUUUACAAUAUACAGUAUAUGCAUGGGCCAAUAGUCCAAUGAACAUGUUGGAAUUAAAUAUGUGAAUGUAUUGGUUCUUCUGGAUGGUAUAUAUACGCUGAUUGGUCUACUCUAAAAAGCAAUGUGACUGUUAAUUGGUUGGGUGGUUCAUGCUCGUCUCUUAUUGGACAAGGCUGUGUACUGUACUGUGUCAAUAGGACUGACUGUUGUAAUACUUUAUCACAAUCAGAUGUAAACAGCUGUACCUGCCUGUAAUAUUCCUACUAUCAAAUUGGCUUGAAUGUUAACCAUUUGCAAAUCAAAGAAUUGCUUCUAAAUAAAAAUGAAAAUUUGAACCUG